GGAGCCUCCAGAGGAGGAGAUCCCCAAGGAGGAUGGGAUCUUGGUGCUGAGCCACCACACCCUGGGCCUGGCCCUGCGGGAGCACCGUGGCCUGCUGGUGGAGUUCUGUGAGUGCUGUGGCCAGUGGGACUGGGGACCGGCAGGGCCCGCUGGGGCCCACACCCUUUGCCUGCAAAUGCAAGGCACGUGUCCAAGAGAGGCCUCCCCUCAGGCACUCACCCCCACUGUGCCACAGAGCUCUAGGAGGGGCCUGGGGUCCGGUUGGGGCAGGCAGGAGCAGUGGAGGUACCCACAGGACAGGAGAGCACCUGGACCUCCCUGCUCUGCCAGUGGGGCCUGCCACAGACUGCAGAGGCCCCAGCCAUGUUCAGGCCUGGAGGUCCCUGAUGUGUGUGUUCUGUGGUCUCUUCACAACCUCUGACACACAUGGGAACCGUUCUCGCCUAGGAGGCCUGCCCAGGCAGCCACAUGAGCCCAGGAGCCCCGACCUUACAGGACGGGAAAGGGGGAAAGGGAGGGGUCUUUCCAGCUCUCCCAAGCCUUGCUGGUCCCUAUGCCACAGCCUGGGGGACUGGGAGGGGGCGUUGGUGCUUGGCUUGGCCAUGGCCAGGGCUCAGGGCAGAACUGAGGAGUAUGCUUGUUCCCUGCUGGGUUGUCUGGUGGGGACAGGGUGCUGCUGGGGUUGUGGCGGCCUGGGGCACUCACAGACCCGUCCCCCAGACGCCCCAUGGUGUGGGCACUGCAAGGCCCUGGCCCCCGAGUACAGCAAGGCAGCUGCCCUGCUAGCGGCCGAGUCGAUGGCGGUCACGCUGGCCAAGGUGGACGGGCCCGCGCAGCCGGAGCUGGCCGAGGAGUUUGGUGUGACGGAGUACCCCACGCUCAAGUUCUUCCACCACGGGAACCGCACACACCCAGAGGAGUACACAGGACCCCGGGAAGCCGAAGGCAUCGUGGAGUGGCUACGACGGCGGGUGGGGCCAAGCGCCAGGCGGCUGGAGGAUGAGGAGGGCGCCCAGGCGCUGAUCGAUGCCUGGGACCUGGUGGUCAUUGGCUUCUUCCAGGACCUGCAGGAUGAGGACGUGGCCACCUUCUUGGCCCUGGCCCGGGACGCCCUGGACAUGACCUUUGGCCUCACGGACAGGCCGCAGCUGUUCCAGCAGUUUGGCCUCACCAAGGACACCGUGGUCCUCUUCAAGAAGUUUGAUGAGGGGCGGGCGGACUUCCCAGUGGACGAGGAGCUUGGCCUGGACGUGGGUGAUCUGUCACGCUUCCUGGUCACACACAGCAUGCACCUGGUCACGGAGUUCAACAGUCAGACAUCCCCCAAGAUCUUCGCUGCCAGGAUCCUCAAUCACUUGCUGCUGUUUCUCAACCAGUCACUGGCUGCGCACAGGGAGCUCCUACCAGGCUUUGGGGAGGCAGCUCCCCGCUUCCGGGGGCAGGUGCUGUUCGUGGUGGUGGACGUGGACGCUGAUAAUGAGCACGUGCUGCAGUACUUCGGCCUCAAGGCUGAGGCAGCCCCCACCCUGCGCCUGGUCAACGUUGAGACCACCAAAAAGUACGCACCCGCGGAUGGGGACCCUGUCACUGCCGCUUCUGUCACUGCCUUCUGCCACGCAGUCCUCAGCGGCCAAGUAAAGCCCUAUCUCCUGAGCCAGGAGGUACCCCCUGACUGGGAUCAGCGGCCAGUUAAGACCCUCGUGGGCAAGAAUUUUGAGCAGGUGGCUUUUGAUGAAACCAAGAAUGUGUUUGUCAAGUUCUAUGCCCCCUGGUGCACCCACUGCAAGGAGAUGGCGCCUGCCUGGGAGGCGCUGGCCGAGAAGUACAAAGACCAUGAGGACAUCAUCAUCGCUGAGCUGGACGCCACAGCCAACGAGCUGGACGCUUUCACAGUGCAUGGCUUCCCUACCCUCAAGUACUUCCCCGCAGGGCCGGGUCGGAAGGUGCUUGAAUACAAAAGCAGCAGGGACCUGGAGACCUUGUCCAAGUUCCUAGACAAUGGGGGUGAGCUGCCCACGGAGGAGCCCCCGGAGGAGCUGGCAGCCCCGUCCCCGGAGCCACCCACCAACUCCACUGUGGGGUCCAAGGAGGAGCUGUAGUGCCCCGUGUCCCCCACACCACCGCUGGAAGGGAGGCGGCCCCCUCGGGUGCUGGAGGGAGCCGUGCCCUGUAAAUAAAGAGCUUGGUUCUGGA